CUUCUGGCCAGUUGGGCCUGUAGCCAAUUGCGAUAGCUCCUCCUUUCUCGAGCUUGUUGUCCUCUUUUAUGAGCGUUCUUUGCUUCUGCACCAACAACAACAACAACAGCAACAAAAGCAACAACAUCUCAGGAUCCGCAGAAUGACCUUGUAACAUUACUGGAAGCACUAACGAUCCCUUCGAAACCCAUCCCGCAUAAUGCCAAUUCCCUUCCUCGCCAGCGUCCUCAUGGACGGGUGGCCAUCAUGGCUACCCGGGCCGUGGACUCUCACCAAGGCCGGCAGCGCUCUCGGAGCCAUCGCGAUCACAAAGAUCUACGCCAGUGGCGCGACAUGUACGGCUGAACGGAACAUGCACGGUCGCGUUGUCAUGAUCACCGGCGGCACAUCAGGAAUCGGCGCCGCUACGGUCUACGAGCUUGCCAAGCGAGGCGCCCAAAUCAUCCUCCUCACACACCACGAACAUAACGACGCCUUUCUCGUCGACUUCAUUGAUGACAUGCGCGACCGCACCAACAACCAGCUUAUUUACGCCGAACAAGUUGAUCUACGUUCCCUGCACAGCGUCCGAAAAUUUGCGACAAAAUGGGUUGACAACGCUCCUCCCCGCCGCCUCGACACCAUCAUCCUCUGCGGAUCGACCCUCACACCGCCCGGAAAGGCGAGGACUGAGACACCGGAUGGAGUGGAGAGCACCUGGCAGGUUAACUUCCUCUCCAACUUCCAUCUGCUGGGCAUCCUCAGUCCCGCGAUCCGCGCCCAGCCGUUCGACCGCGACGUGCGCAUCAUCAUCCCGACAUGCUCCGCCUACAUCCGCUCGCCGUCGUUGGAUAAAGCUUUGGAUAAGAAGGACUGGUCCCCCGGCAAGGCAUACGCGCGGAGUAAGAUGGCCAUGAUGGUGUUUGGCAAGGCCUAUCAGAAGCACCUGGACGCAUACAAGAGGCCCGAUGAGCUUCCGAUGAAUGCGCGCGUCUUUUUGGUGGAUCCUGGAUACUCGAGAACGCCUGGCAUGCGCCGGUGGCUUACUAGAGGCACCGUAUGGGGUCUCAUUGUGUACCUUUUCCUUUACGUCUUUUCCUGGCUUUUCCUCAAGAGCGCAAGGAUGGGCGCGCAGUCUAUCUUGUGGGCGGUUAUGGAAGGCAGUCUCGUGCGCGACAAGGGUGGAAAGGUAGUCAAGGAGUGCAUGGUGGUCGACUGCGCACGGAAGGAUGUGGACGACGAAGCCAUUGCGAAAAAGCUGUGGGAAUCAAGCGAUAAGCUGAUUGAGGAGAAGGAGAAGGAUGCGGCUGCAAAGCGGGCAAGGGCAAAGAAACGAGAAAUGGAGAAGGAGGAGGAGAAAAAGGAACGGGAACGUGUUGAGGAGAUUGAAGCUUUAGUAAACACGAUUAAGAAGGGGAAGCAGAAAGACAAGGAAAAGCCCAAGAGUGGGAAGAAGGCGAAAAAUGGAGAGAAGACUGCCUAGAAGGAGGUCAAAUAGACCAGUAACAGCAUAUAGAUUUCACGUUCUCAUAGUGUAGACUGAAGACUAGGUACCAUCCAGUAAUGUACGUACAAAAUGCAGGCAGGCUGUGGAAUUGAAUCCCGAUGCUCGGGGACGGGCCGAUCCAUGAGCGGAACCCCCCUCGGGCGCUUAGCAGGCAGGCAGGCAGGACACCAUAUUGAGCGGGGAUAGAACGCCGGGCUGGUAAUUAUAGUGGGGCUCUUUCGGCACUUCACGUGAAGAUGAUCAACAAUGACGAACUAUGUAAAUACUUAGUAUCCUGGGCGAUCCAACGUCCCGGGAUCAUGAAUUUCUGGGGUGCAUCAGAUGUCGCUCAUUUAAUCUCCGCCGAGCUAUUCGUUCCUGAAAUCAGAACUAGUAUUUUAUCAAUCAAGAAGCCGAGUUUCGGCCCCAGUGAUCAUAUCCGUUCUCAACCUCCGGAAGGCUCACACAGUUGACUAUUGCCCUCAACAACACACAGCUUCACGGGCCUCCCUCAACUCCAACUCUACUACGCAGUUCAACCGUGACUUCACCCAACCUAUAAGCCGAGAGAUCACAAAAUACCAAAUAUACUGGCCCUUAAGACCACCAACGCAAGCAAAUCAUCAACACCAAACCAUUCUAUGACGACCCUCCUAUUAAACCCCACAAAGGCUCAGGUACCGCUACUACUAUCAUCAUCUUCGUCACCUUCACUCUCACAAUCCAGAACAAAGCACCUUACGCCUGUUCCGAAAGCGGCAAUGCCACCAUCACCUACCAUGACUCUCGACCCAUCCCACUGCCAUCCGGUUUUCUUCACGCCAAGACUGCGAAGAAGUCCGUCUUUUACACUUCAAAAACCCGGACCUAGUGGCACAUCAUCGUCGCAUGCGGUGAGCCCGGUGGUUCAUGGGUAUAUGUUCCAAGACGCGCAAAGGCUUCAGAAGCAAGGGGUUGUGAGCCUGGGAAACAUGGCAAUUGGGCCGGCGAAGGUUGCUGGGGGAAGUUCGAGGCUAUGAGGAUGCUGGAUGAAAAUCGGUGUGGAUGAGGAGGCGUCAGAUGCGAGACAUACAGUCGGGACUCGGGGGCAUUUCUGACGCCCCAUGGUGUUGAAAUUAUGAGUGGUGUGUUGUUCAUAGCCAGGUUAACUCGUAUCACCAUUAUCGUUUCUCAGGAUCGUGCGUGGGACGUUAUAGUAUGGACUUCGUAAGGUCUCAAGCAAUCACUGAUGAUCCCAAG